AUGCCUUUUCCUUUUGCAUACAUCUGCGAUCUACUGCAGGGCCUAGAGGACAACCAGCACGCCCAGACCGGCCAGAAGACCGAUGCCUCUCUUAUCCAGGCCUGGUUCAGGAGUCACCGGGCCGAACUCGCUCGCGAUGAUCACGACCCUGCUGCCCUGCUUUCGGCCCUCCUCCCAGAGAAGCGGACGGACCGCGUCUACUCGAUCCGCGAGAAGAAGCUGCAGAUAAUAAUCGGCCGCGCUUUGAUUCUGGGAAUCUCUCGUAAAAAGGAACUAGAGAGGUGGGCAGUGUCCGGGUCCGGUGUUGAUCUGGCCGACUGUGUCUAUGGGAUUCUCUGUGAGACGCCAAAUCCGCAGUUUUCAGAUGACGCGGGUGUCACAAUCGAGGAGAUUGACGGAGUCCUCCAUGGCAUUGCCUCAGAGUGCCGGUAUAGCUCACUGGCUGUACGUAGCAAGCCCUCUGGCACCAGGUUUGCCGAUACCGAGCUUGCCCUUGGAGAUCUCCACAAGCGGCUUUCGGCGAGAGACGCGAAAUGGCUUACACGGCUGAUCCUGAAAAACUACGAGCCGAUUGUACUUGACCCUUCAACUGUGUACAGCAGUUACCACCCGUACCUCUCAACAAUUCUCAAGGUCCAGGACGAUUUUGCCGUCGCUGGCCGCAUUAUUGUCCGCCAGAGACGUGAGCGGACGGUUACUGGCCGAGCUGACAUUACCGAGUUCCUCAAGCCGGCCCUCGGGGUAAAAGUCGGCCGCCAAACCUGGAUCAAGGGCCGGAGCAUCAAGCACUGCCUGGACAUGAGCCGUGGCCGCAUGAGCUGUGAAGAGAAAGUCGACGGAGAGUAUUGCCAGAUCCACAUUGGCCUCAGCAAGGAAAGCAAAUGCAUCCAGAUCUUCUCGAAGAGCGGAAAAGACAGCACCGACGACCGAAUAGCAUUGCACGACUCGAUUCGUCGGUCGUUACAGCUAGGGCAGCCCACUUGUCCCCUCAAAUCGGGCUGCAUCCUGGAGGGAGAACUUGUUGUUUUCAGCGAUAAGGACGCGAAAAUCUUGGACUUCCACAAAAUCAGGAAACAUGUGUCGAGAUCAGGAUCGUUUUUGGGUACCGAUCAAGACUCCCAGCGUCAUCCUUGGGAGCAUCUCAUGAUUAUUUAUUACGACCUGCUUAUGGUCGACGGCGAGUCCCUCUUGGGCGUUAGGCAUUCGGGAAGAUUCAAGCGCCUCAAGGAUCUCGUGACUCUGGUUCCUGGCCGCUCUGCUCUGGUCAAGCAGGAGCUCAUCGACUGCAGCAGCCGUUCUGCGGCGUCCGACCUUCGCCGGGCUUUCGCCAAAUGCAUUACGGCGCAUGGGGAGGGUCUAGUCCUCAAGCCAGACGAUCCCUAUUUCACUUUCGGCGCUCGUACCAAGCCUUACAGUUCUUGCGCCAUCAAACUCAAGAAAGAGUACAUUGGCCACUUUGGAGACAUUGGCGACGUUGCCGUCGUUGGCGCUCGCUAUGAUCCUGCAAAGGCCAGGACCUACAGUAUCCCGAAUCUGAAAUGGACUCAUUUCUACGUCGCAUGUCUCGAGAACAAGGACGAGGUCGUGCGGUUUCAGAAAACCCCUCGCUUUAUUGUCACCAAUGUGGUCGAGCUCAACACCUCGCAGAUGGCGGUGUUUGUGAAAUUCGUUAAUCCGCAAUCCGUCGCUCCGAGUGAAAACAAGUCAAUUUCGAUACGCGUCGAACCCGGGGUCGACAACGGAAAAACGCCGUCUGCCAUUUUCCCAGCGCCCCCAGUGUUUGAUCUCAGGUGCUUCUCUUUCGACAAAGUCGGCAACACUGGAUUUUGGAGUCCGAGAUUCCCCGUGGUCAACAAAAUACAUUGUGACCGGACCUACCGCGACGCCCUCUCUUUCACGGAACUUCAGGAUAUGGCCAGCAAAGAAAGGGAAAUGCCGCCGCCGGAAGACAGCCAAGAGCUCUUGGGUUGGAUAGCUGCUCUUGAGGCUGCCGAUCCCAAGGGCGUCGCUGUUGACCACUCAAGUCAGGUGACAGUAGCCUCGACUCUUAUCGCCACGACGCCCUCGACUCAAUCGACAGAUUCUGGCCAAGCAGGCUCUUCUGCCAGUUCACACCUUCAAACAUCACCUACUCCAGUCCGGGGUAGGGCAGGGGAUCCGCCAACACCGCCAAGGUCCUCUAUUGUUCAAGCCGGCCAUGAACCACGCACAAAUAAUUUUCCGGGGGCUCAGGACACCUCCAAGAGGCAGAAGAGGCCACCCGAGUCAUCAGACUUAGAACACAAGGGCAAAACCAAGGUUCGGAAAUUUCAGGAUGAGCGUCGGCCCACAGUCGGCGACUGGUUAUCCCAGAGUAUGAGCGAAAUCCAGGGUACACCCCACAAUGAGAGGGAGCCUCUGUCAAAUGUCCGCAUCAGCUCGUCGCGGCGAAAUAAUCUGCCUAGCUCCACUGCUCCGCGACUGACCAGCACGACUUCGAUGUACCAGUUGGGAUGGGGCAAUGCCCGCCUUGGAGCACCCGAGAGAGUUCAAAGCUCUCUGCCAGUAUCGCUAUUGUUCCAGGGACUCCUCGCCCCACAUCUCUCGAUAACCUCCUCAACCGUCACUGGAGCAACAAAUGUACGGGAUAGCAACGGCGACCAUGAUAACAUGUCUCCUGAAGGGCCAUCCACGUCUUGUGGAAAAUGCCGAUUCCUUGACUCGUGCAAGCUCUCCAAAUGUUCAUUUCUUCUGUCUCCCUGCAUUGCAAACUUUCCCUGGGUCACGGAAGACCUGCUUGUUUGUCAUGGCGUGGCAGACAUUGUCCUAGAUUACAAAAAACUGACCACAGCCCAACCAAGUUGCGGGACUACACCAGCAACUGUUGAGCGUAUAAGGGAGAAGAGGUCCGCUAAGAGGAAGAUCAUUCUCGUUGAAUCACGGAGAAAGAGCCCCACCGCAGCUUUCAUGAAACUGGUUACUGAAGCCAAGGAUAAAUGGCCUAGCAACGAUCGGGAGUACUUUGAAGUGUAUGACUGGAGGAUACUCGAGGCUUUGCGGUACGAGGAGGCGAAAUGCAGUCGUAACGGCAAGAUACGCGGUGCCUGUGUCUCGACGACUACCACAAAAGACAUUGAGAAGAAAUUCCGGCUAGGUCUCGUAUGA